AUGCCUCCCAACAAAACUAUGAUCGAUUCUUGGGAUAACGUUCCUCUUUACUAUCCUCAUCAACAAGCAACCAUUACCCAACAAAAAGAAACCACACAGAAUGUCUGGCCUAAUUGUGAAAUAGAUAAAACUCUCCAGGACCGGCCUUUUGUUGCCUAUCUAGACCAGUUUUCGUUGCCCUCGUUCGAGCCCUUAUCGAUGCGCGAGACAAGAGUAACCUCUAUUUCCUCUUUAAGACAUGGUCUGUGUCGCACACCCUCACCACAGACCACCCGCAGUCAUGAUCUCAACCCUACCAAUACCACAAAUAUGAACAGUCCUAAUACUAUUCCUGACCACAAUGAUAUAACAAUCCCAGUCUAUCUCUACAAAAGCAAUUCAAUCGUCGUCCCUCAUCAGAUCUCAACCAAUGCCGUUCGCAAAUCAUCUCUUUUUAUGCCCCAACUUUCUUCUACGCUCACCAACACCACCCACACCACAAAUCCUCCUCUUUCUGUCCCAAUUCCCAACUCCCCAGUCUCAUCCGUAUCCUCCCAAUCUUCCCAAUCUUCCCUGUCCUCCAACCAGACCUCCAAGAACCAUACCUUGGCUAGAUCCAAACGAGACAACCACAUCUUGUCCGAACAACGCCGACGGAACAUGAUCCGCACCGGCUUCAAGGAAAUGACGGACCUCAUACCGACCCUCAAGAACAUCAGCCAGUCAAAGAGCAUCAUCCUAUUCAAAGCAGCAGACUACAUGAAAGAUCUCGAACGACGGAACAAACAUCUCCGCGACAAACUCUCGGCUUUACAAUGGAGAGCCAAACUCAAGGCUGGCCAAAUCAAGCACCAUCCAGUCAAAUCAUCACCACUUGUUCCUCUACCUCACCGAGACCAUCUCAAACAAGUCCGUAUUCUAGAAGAUCAAAUCAGGCAGCAACAAAGACUUCUCACCCAACACAACUUGCCUACACCUACACCUACACCUACAAUUAUGCAAUCCAAUCAUGACCACAAUCUUGUAAAUACCUUUUCAUCCACAGCCACACACUCCCAACAGCAACAACAACAACAACCAUCUAGUCAUGUCCAUACUACUGCUCAUAAUACUCAAGCCAUUCUAGUACCAAUGUCAAAAGAAGAUAAUUCGUUUAUCCAAUGGCACUCGUCCUCUUCUGCAUCAUCCAGUGCUUCUUCACUUGCUGUACCCAGUCUCUCGAUUCCUGCUGACGAAGACUUUGGGCUAGAAAGUGCCCAACGAGAUCGUUGGUUGAGCUGUGGAAAGAUGAACCAGUUUCAAUAA